UCAAUAUUAGACAUAUUGGUUCUAGGCAAGAUUGCUUCAGAUUGUAACCAAUAGCCGAUCGAAACCGAUUUUUUGCAAGUUCUCAUUUUAGCUAGAUGAACUGGAAGCAGCUUUUCAAAAGUCACACUAUCCAGAUGUGUUCGCUCGCGAGGAACUUGCUGUGAAAAUUAAUUUACCAGAAGCUAGGGUACAGGUGUGGUUCCAGAAUCGUAGAGCGAAGUGGCGCAAAAUGGAAAGAAAUGAUAUCAAAGUUAUGCGACGUCAUGAAACGGGGCCUCCUUCGCAGAUACAUCAGUCGGGCCUUAUUCAGGGAUCUCCAUCAGUAUCAGCACAACCGCAAUCAACAGUGAGCCAGUUCUGCUCAAUACGAACUCUCACCCGACCAUAGUC